CGAAAAGUAAUUGAUUUUUAGUUAUAGUUGGAUAUAGAGAACGACGUCAGUUGGGGCUAGAUCAUUCCGGAAUCAAAAUGCGGGUUCAUUCUGGUGUUUGGAUGCUGCCAUUUAUUCUUGCAUAUUGUGUGAAGCAGAUCUAUUCCGGGUUCGAGUUUACCAACAUCAAGUGCACCUCCAAUGACAAAAAGUUCUUCGAGUUUGAAUACUGCUACAUCAAGGCUGUGAAUCGGAGCUACAAGUACAUGUCCCUGAAGGCCCUCAUGCAUGAGAAACCCUAUACCGAUGCAUCGGCAAAUCUGCAGGUUUUAAGGCGCUUCAAGGGCUACAUACCGAUCACCAUGAACGUCACCUUCAAUGUGUGCAAGUAUAUGGAAAAGAAAAACAAUCAGAAUCCUAUGGUGAAGUUUUUUGAUAUGGUGAUAAAGAGCUACUCAAAUGUCUACCACAAGUGUCCGUACGAUCAUGACAUUUUGGUGGAAAAGGUUCCCACACAGUUUGUGAACUCACACUUUACGGAUGUUAUACCCCUUCCCAGGGGCGACUAUGCCUUUUACAGCACUUGGUUUACCAGUGGCAUCAAGCGGGGAACUCUUUGGGUUUACGGAACUCUGUCCUAA